GCGAAUUGUCAAAGAUGUCGUCGGGCUUUGGGUUCAAGGGCACGGCCAACCGGUGCUACUCCUUCUGGAAGGAGGUCGAGCGCUGCAACCGCGAAGCGGACCUUCCCGGCUCGUGCGCCGCUCCCGUCGAAGACUACCUCGAGUGCCUCCACCACAAGAAGGAGUUCUCGCGCAUGAAUGCCAUGGUUGUCCAGCAGGAUCGCGAAGCCAAGGGCCUCGGCAGCAGCAGCGCGCCGCAUCAUUAGCCGCUCCGUACUCCGUAAUACAGCUCUAUAUGGUGGCCGUUGUCGAUCCGGCCUCGUGAAGGUAGCCCA